AUGCGAUAUGCUGCUAUGGAUCAAGAAAAGAAGGAUGCAUUAAAUCGCCAUAGGAAAGCUUCAUAUGCUGCGAAAAGACAGAGUAGUCCUGUUGCUCCCACCCUUGCUGUGCGACAGUUAGACAAGCAAAAUUCUACGCCUGGCUAUUGUUCAGAUAGCUCAGGCAGAAAUAGGUCUAUACCUGAUACGGAUGCUCAGAAUAUAAUCGAUAGUGAUGCAUUAGCUGACGCAUUUGAUGGUAUUUCUGAGCAACUGGCUUUUGAUAUGAGAAGCCAAAACUUACCUCCUCAAAGCUCGAUACCUGUCAGUUCUUCUACCGUGCCUUCGCCGCUUGGAGUUCCUGCCAUGGUGCCUGUUGAAGAGGGUACCUAUGUGCUUGAAUUUGAUAACUCUAGAUUUUCUGAAUCUUUAAACAAUCCACAGAUUGUUGUUAAUACACGAGUUGAUGGUGAAGACAAUCAUAGGAUUGUUCUCAACUCUGAUCCUCAGCUGGAUCAACGUGUAUAUAAUUUGCCUACUUCAUCCCAAGUUGCUGCCAUUUGGACAGAAAAUGAGGAUGAAGCGCUUGAAAAGAUGAGAGAAAAUGAUAGAUCAAUGUUGUUGCACACAAGGAGGCUGCUACAGCAAUUUGCUGUUGAUAUUUACGUAAAGAUAGAAAUGUCUAGGCUUGACUUCCAUAGAAAGAACCAAACCGAUAUUAGGACUGAGAUUUUACAAGGUGUAAUGGAUAGUCUAUCUGCUGGCCAGACUGAAGGAAAAAGUGUUAGUCGUCGAGUUUAUCUCCUGGCUUCUUUCAUUGGUGGUCCAAGGGACAUGUGCCGCAGAUAUGUUGAUGCGAUGGAUAGGCCUGAUUUAGUGUCAAGAGUCUUUAGAGCAAAGUUUGAGCUACUCAAGACUAAAAUAGUGAAGAAAAAGAUUUUUGGGGAGGUUGCUGCCUGUGUUCAUGUGAUUGAGUUCCAAAAAAGGGGUCUCCCUCAUGCUUACCUCUUGAUCAUCCUUAAGCCUGAAUUUAAGCCACUGAACUCUGAUGCUUAUGAUCGUAUUGUGUCUGCCGAGAUUCCAGAUCCGCAAAAUCAAAGCUAUUUGUAUAAUCUUGUGCUCAAACAUAGGAUGCAUGGACGAUGUGAACUUUUGAAUAAGGAAAAUGUUUGCAUGAAAGAUGGCUUUUGCAAAAAUCAUUAUCCAAAGAAUUUUUGUGAUUUCACAGUCCAUACUGAGGAUAGCUACCCACACUAUAGAAGGCAAAAUAAUGGUCGAUUUGUAAGGGUGCGCAAUAACACCCUUGGCAAUCGAUGGGUUGUGCCAUAUAACCCAUACCUUCUUGCUCUCUUUGACUGCCACAUGAACGUCGAAAUCUAUUCGAUGGUUAAACUGGUCAAGUAUUUGUAUAAAUAUGUCUAUAAGGGUCACGAUCGUGUUAACUUCCAUAUUUAUUCAGAAGAUAACCCUGACGACAUAGAUGAAAUAAAGAAUUUUCAGGUUGGGCGGUGGGUAGUGGCUGCUGAAGCUUUUUGGUGCAUUUAUAGAUUUAAUAUAAAUGAGAUGACUCCUGCUGUGUAUACUCUUCAGUUGCAUCUUCCAGAUUUCUUGACUGUUAAUGGAAAGCUUAUGCUCUCCUAUAGAGACGCUACCUUCCAAAUGGGACUGCUUCAAUCUAACACACAUCUGGAAGACACACUUAAUGAAGCAACAGCCUUUCAGAUGUUUUCUUCGUUAAGAACUCUCUUUGCAAUCUUGUUAGCCUAUUGCUCGUCGAGCAAUCCUAAGGUCCUCUGGGAAAGAUAUGAAGCUGAAAUGUCCAGGGAUUUUGAAAGAGAUAAGAGUUUUUCUACUCAGAAUGUUGAACAAAUAAGAAGAUGUGUUUUGCUGGAUAUAAAUAAAUCCUUGGAACAGAUAGGAAAAAAUAUCAAUGACUACCAUUUGGUGCUUGAUAGUUUCGUUCUCAGUCAUGAUGAGCGGCUCACAAGAGAAAUUCAGAGUGAGUUAAGCAUACAGUUUACAGAGCAAGACUUUUUAUUGCCUUCAAAGCUAAAUAUAGGCCAGAGAUUUGCCUAUGACAAUAUUCUGAAAGAAGUUUUCUCUUCUGGAAAUAACUAUUUUUUUUUUGUUGAUGGACCUGGUGGGAUUGGUAAGACUUUUCUUUAUCGCUCUAUUCUGGCAACGCUUAGGUCCCAAGGGUUCAUAGCAAUAGCUGUUGCAUCAUUUGGAGUAGCUGCAUCUAUUCUUCCAGGAGGGAGGACUGCACACUCUAGGUUUAAAAUCCCGUUGGACAUUUCUGCAAGUAAAGUCUGCCAUAUCAGUAAACAGAGCUCUGUUGCUAAGCUUAUUAUGAUGGCUAAAUUAAUUCUAUGGGAUGAGGCUUCUAUGGCCAAGAGGGACACUAUCGAAGUUUUUGACAAGUUGCUCAAAGAUGUAAUGGAUUCUGAUCUGUCUUUUGGUGGCAAAGUAGUAGUAUUUUGGGAAGACUUUCGGCAAACUUUACCUAUUAUUCAGAAUGCAACAAAGGAUCAGCAAAUAGAGGCCAGCUUUGUCAACUCCCCUUUAUGGAGUUCUCUUCGAAAGUUAAUCUUGACCGAAAACAUGAGAGCUAUCUCUGAUAGCCAUUUCUCCGAUUUUCUGCUUAGGAUAGGUGAAGGUUGCGAACUAGAGGAUGCUGAUGGAAAAAUAACUUUAUCAAAGGAUAUAUCAAUCCCGUUUGAUAACAAAGAAGAUUCACUUAACAGGUUUGUGAAUUUUGUAUUUUCGGAUUUGAGCGUGUAUUCAUCUGAUCCAUACCAGAUCACUAACAGAUGUAUUCUUACUCCAAAGAAUACAUGUGUCGAUGAUAUAAAUGAGAUGAUGAUCGAUCGCUUUCCUGGACGACCUUUUGUGUACAUGAGCAAUGAUCGAACUAUUAAUGAGAGGGACCAAUCUGACUACGAAAACUUUUUAAACUCUUUGAAUCCCAAGGGUCUGCCCCCUCAUAAACUGGUUCUAAAAGAAGGUUGCCCUAUUAUUCUCCUUAGAAAUUUAAAUCCUAUGGAAGGCUUAUGCAAUGGAACAUGGCUUAUAUGUAGAGAGCUAAAGUAG